CCUUUCUCUUUCUCUUCUUCUUCGCUGCGUCGAGACUCUCCGGCAAAUCACGAUAGCAGCUUUGCUAGGCCCCCUCAGUUACUAGAACAACUUAGAAACGAGUUGCGGCAGUCAUGGCCAAGCACCAUCCCGAUUUGAUCAUGUGCCGGAAGCAGCCUGGUAUUGCAAUAGGACGGCUGUGUGAGAAAUGUGAUGGCAAGUGUGUAAUCUGUGACUCCUAUGUGCGUCCUUGCACCCUUGUGCGGGUGUGUGAUGAAUGCAACUAUGGCUCGUUCCAGGGUAGGUGUGUUAUCUGUGGAGGAGUGGGAAUAUCUGAUGCAUAUUACUGUAAGGAGUGUACACAGCAAGAGAAAGAUCGGGAUGGUUGUCCGAAAAUUGUUAAUCUGGGGAGUGCCAAAACUGACUUAUUCUAUGAACGUAAAAAAUAUGGUUUUAAGAAAAGAUGAUUGCUGGAUGAUUUUAUCUGUAGUGUGAUUUUCUUUUUUCUAUGGUUAUGUAGUUGAGGAAUGAGGGAUUUUAAAAUGUCGGAAUUAUAGUUAAGGCUUUAGGUUUUGAGAUUGUUGUCUGUUAAAGAUUUUAUCUUCAAGAACUCCAAUAUAAGUGUACCAGAGGCCUGAUCUACAUUUUAUCUGUUAUGGAAAUAGCUAGUUUUAUUGCUUAUGGAGUUC